AUGUGUUUAACUCUAACGGAUAGCUCUAUUAUUCAGGAUAUCGAGAGCAGCCUUGAAGCUGAAAGCCCUAAUCAUUGCACAGGAUCGACAGGCUCCAGUGGCCUUAUUCCUAAAUUAUCAUCGGCUCAAUUUGCCGUUAAUACUAUCGCAAUCUCAACACCCACAUCACCUGGGCUCAGUCACAUGAAGCAGUUCCCUUGGUCUUCAAUUAUUGGUCCUUCCUCGUUGAACCACCGUACACACUGUCAUUUUUCAGAACAGCAGCAACAUACUCAGCAUAGUCCUCAUUUAUUCCUGAACAAGGAGUAUUGUUCUUCACGUAACUUUUUUUCGCGUACUCACUCACCCAUAACUGCGCUUUCAAUUAGCUCAUCUAUCGGUGCUCCCGGUUGCCAGACGUUUAUGCGAGCCCAACUAAACACUAACCACUCUGCACUCCUCUUUGGCUCAUCUCUUUCAGUCAAUGGAGAUAUGCAGGCAGCUAACCCUGAUGCAACUUAUGCAGAUCGUAUUCCCUAUCCGCUGUCUGAACUACGUCCAAACUGUGAUCCCACUGUCAAUCACUUUCGAUGCAACCGAAUGAAAUGUGAUUACCGGCAGUCCUGUUCUUUACCCCAAACGCAGCUUGCUCAGCCAUUCCUUUUCCGGAGGCAUCAAGCAGGGCAAAUACCUUCUCAUCACCAGAACUACUCUGUUAUAAAAAAUCAAGCAUUAUAUAUUCCACAUGAAUACCAACAGCUAGGACGUCUUCCGGGCUCUAGUUCGGGCCUCAAAACCAUCUCAAUUCCAUCCGAGAUAAAUAUUGCCUACUCUUUUCCAGUAGAGGUUUGCCCCGCAUCUUCAAAUGGAGCUCGAGCUAUUAGUACAGUUCAGCAAUUAACAUCCUCUGAUCAGCAACCACUUUCGCUCAGACACGCUACAUCGAGUCUGUUUGAAGCCGCCAUUCCGACACUUUCUAGGGAAAUGCCAAUGACAACUGCUAGUCCUGAUACCACUGCGACGACAAUCAAUUCUUGGGCUAGCCUCCUUUUUCAGCCACUACAAUGCAACGAGGAGACUAGCAACAAUGGUCCAGGAGAGGCAUCUCUCAGCUCAUCAACUCAAGGCCACCUGACUGGCCUGUCUUCACUCAUGAUGCUAACAAACCCUGCCUAUGUGAGUAGUGACAGUAGGACCAGCAUGCUGUCUCCAAGAGUCGCAUUGGCUGACCAUUCGCUGAAGCCGAUGGCAUCAGAAUCUAUUCAAAUUUCCUGUCUUAACAGAGUCGCUGGCUCGGAUCUCUUUGGCACAGCCUAUAAUCCAGUAUCCACUGCAUCAACAUCAAUUCUGACCUCUGGAAAGUCGGCAAGUGAUGCAAUCAGCAGCUUAUCGGACAUGUCAUCCUCGCUUCCAAGACCCACAUAUUUCGAAAAUAAAACAGUGGCCAGUGUACACAGUUAUAAUGGUAGUGGAAACGGCCACAGCGGAAGAACUGAUUUUAGCAGUAGCAACUUAUCGCAGGGCAUCCGCACUAAUAAUGUAAUAAACUCAUCUCUACUUGAGGGAAUGGGCUGCAUUGAGAGGACUCUCACGGCUGCUACGACUAACGAGACAAUUGAAACAACGCCAAACGCUAUUUUGCAACGAAAUUCAGAGUCAGCCUCUCUAGGCUAUGUUUGGCCUCACUGGCCCUAUGCAUCCCAAAACACCAACACCUCCUAUGCCUUAGAAAGAGUUGUAAAUGCACUAUCUUUUUCUCAGUCAACACAAGACACUGAUGAUACUAUCUCAAUACUACCUAAUCCAUACCCUCAGGUAGCCGGAAUGCAAACCAUGCGAGAGAAUUACUCAUAUACUGAUUUAAAUGAGCAUGACAGGAGGGAUUCGGCUACAGGCUAUCUUGAAUCUUUAGGUGACAUACUAAACCUUGAUGAAAGUGUUCACUCGCCCCAGUUGACUCAACUGGUGCAUGAGCAAAGCCUAUUACAUCAAAUUCAGUAUCACUAUCAGCAGCGGAUACAGUUUCGAAUGCAGCAACACGAUAUGCAGAAUGGUUUACAGACUACUCCUAAUCACCCCCAUCAACGCCAAAUGUCGGAACCACAAUCAUGCUUGGAUAAUCCCGUUGGUGACAUUGGUGGAUUAAGUUCAAGACAUGAACCAUUGCUGUUCGAUAACAGUAAUCGAAGGAACACAUUGUCGUUUCUAACAGAGGAUGAAGAACCACACAUGAGAUACUGGCCAGACCCUACCGGAUUCAAAUAA